AUGCCUCUAGUCCCGGUACGCCCACCAGUAGAUGAUCCCAACAACAUCAAUUCAAGUCUCUGGACGAUCAGUCACGGAUUCGACGGCUCUACCUACGAUGCUUGGGUGAUAGGUAUCAUAUGGGUCAAUCACCAAUGUUCAGACUGCGAGACUCGAAACCAGCGUAGAUCAGCCGGCAGGCACAAAUACGAUACCGCCCGUAGUUUAUGAAA